AUAUAGUGACUACUCAGAUAUCUGUAUAAUUUUCAUUUAUUUGUUUGCGUAGCAGCAAAUACACAAUGGAUGUCUUGAAAAUAUUUUUUCUUGUAAUGCUAUGGCAAGUGGACAGGGUAGAUGCGCAGGAGAUACUCAGUGAGAGAAAAAACACUUUGAGGUCGAUAGAAGAAUUGAUAGUGUAUAUAAAACUUGGGAAGGAUGAGGUUUGUGCUGGUGUACAAAUGUCUGACGCUUGGGUUCUCACUCUUGCUGACUGUAUCGAUACUAAAAUCAAGCUUGGAAAGUACAGUAUAACAUACCAAGAUGGUUCAAAACAGGUCAUUGCCGAAGACAGGGACUCCGUUGGCGAAGAAUUCGUUCUCCUUCGGAUAAAGCCAACUAAAGAAACAAAAACUAAAUUUGCAAAACUUUCGAACUUAAUGUUACCCUCACCCGACUACGAUUAUCGGGUCUACAGUAAGGACGAGUCAGAUAAAGUAACUGCAAAUGAUGUUGUUUUUGUCAGAGGCAUUCAAUGUGUGAAGAAAGGCAUUGAAGGCAAUUUUGGAGAGACACACAAAUGCCUUAGAGUCAACAUUGCCAAAACUACUAAGUGUUUCCCAGGAAACCCAAUAUUUGGAUCGAAGGAAAACAAAGUCAUGUUGCAAGGACUGACAGUAGCAUCAUCAGAUUCCUGCUCAUCAUCGCUUUAUUCAUAUGCGGUCAUAAAACCGCAAGUGAGCUGGAUAAACACGGUCAUUUUGGAUUGUGGCUCAGUCGAAAACAUUCAAAAUGGAAAGAUUAUUGUUGACAAAAAAUCAAAAACGUCCGUUGGAGCUACUGCGACUAUUAAAUGCGAUAAUGGUUAUCUAGCAAGUCGGCAGAAAAUUUUCUGUCUGAAUACCGGUAAAUGGCAAAAAUCCAUUUGCGAAAUAAAAGACUGUGGUCGUGUUAAAAAAAUUGUACACGGAACAGUUGUCCUUGACAAAACAAAAACGUCGACAUAUGGAGCAACAGCGACUGUAAAAUGUAGUCCUGGUUAUAGACCAAAUCAAGAGAAAAUAGUUUGUUUAGAUACCGGGAAAUGGGAACCAGCACGAUGCAAAAUAAAAGGUAUGCCGAAGUCUCGAGCUGAGGUUCAGAAAGCGUAUAGGCAAAGGCUUAAAGAGAAAAAUAACGAUUUAUAUUUGGCAAAAGAACGCUUGCGGAGGAAACAGUCAUACACACCAAGCCAUCUUUUAUCAAACAAAGAGAGGGAUGCACGUAACAAAAAAAAUAGAGAUUAUCUGAAAGUUUUUCGUAACAAAGAAAGACAGGCUGAAGAGCUUGCACGAAAUCAACAUGAGCAACAACCAGCAACACCAGGCACAAGCGGGUACGAGAGUGGACAGAGUAAUUCGCGGCUUGUGGUCAACAUGAACUUCCCUAAUCGGAGAAAUGGACCAAGGAUGCGGAUUUCAAAGGAGUUGAAGCGGGCGAAAAAAGAGCUUGAUAAGAUGAGAGAAAACUAUGAGACGUUGAACAGAAAAUAUAGAUCAACAAUGAGAUCGAUGCAAAGGCUAAAGAGAAAAGCAGAAGCCAGCCCAAACACGCCAAGGUCAAAGGCGGCACGAAUGUUGAAAUAG